AUGGAUUGGGAGCGAGUAAAAUAUCUGUGGGAUCACUACCAGCUCCUCGACUGUGUCGUCGCACUUGUUUUGCUGAUAACUACCACGAUCAUUUCAGUAAUGGUAAGUCCGUACUGUCGCCCUUUCAGCUGGAGAGACCCGACAAUUGAUUACCCGUACAUAACUGAUGUGACAUUUCCGUUAUGGACACUUUUCGUGUUCUUAGUUACGGUGUCGGUUUUCUACGGCGUCGUUGUGACAGCCCUCGGUGGCCCGCUCUGGACGUGGUUGCGGGCCCAGCUUCUGGCCGCAGCCUUUCAGCAGGUGGUUGUUAACGUGCUCAAGGUGUACGCAGGCCGUAUUCGCCCUGAUUACUUAAAUCGCCUGCGGUCCCUGGGGUACAAUGAGGAUAGCUACGCUAAGAGUGGGGUAAAGGACAUGACGUCCACGGAGUAUUACUGCAGGUUGGGGAACCAUCAUCGGGAGCUCCGAGAAGGGCGUCUCUCCUUCCCGUCUGGGCACAGCUCCACCUCCUUCGUGGUGUUCGUCUUUAUGUCGCUCUUUCUUUGCGCUUAUGUGCGUCCAUCUUCACACGGUGGCAGCUUUAUGCGUCUCAUCCUCUCCUUGUGUCCUUUGCUUAUUGCCUUUAUGUGUGCUGUAAGCCGAACUCGAGACUACUGGCACCAUUUUGAUGACAUUGUGGCCGGGUCGAUCAUCGGAACCGUCUGCGCGCUGCUGUGCUUUUACAACGCGUUCCGUAUCACGGAGGGGGGGCUGUGUGUUGCAAGGCGCAGCGAAUUGGCACGUGAGGAGGGGAAUCCGGUCUCAGAGCAGAACACCUCCCCGGUUACUGUGCAGGUCAUCUGA